ACACUGCGCUCUUACAGGUCCUCCUCGGGAAGAUGCUGCUCUCGGUGCUUCCGCUGCUGGCGAUGGCCGCCGGCGUGACGGGUCAGGCCGACGGUUCCUUCUGGUGGCUGAAGAAGAACACCACAACCGCGCCGCAGACGGGUUCUCUGGAGACAUCUGCGCCCGUGGAGAUCUACUGCGAGUGCGUCCAGUAUUAUCUGUGCGUGGACGGCGUCAUCAACACCGCGGGCGUGGGCGUGCUCGACGUGCGAUCCGGAGGCCCACGGCCCGUCCCCGUCACCAACGUGGAAACCUGCCCCGGCGCCUUCGACGUUUGCUGCAAGCUGCCCGGCUUCAACGAAACGACCUCCACGACGACGACCACCACCACCGCCAUGCCCACGCUGCCUCCAGACACACCCUGUGAAUGCAUGUCCUUCAUCAACUGCAGUCUGGAUAAAAUGGUGCACAAUGGAGGAGGGAACACCACGCUGGAACUCCCGGGUCUGGGCGAGUACUCCCACUCCCAGUGCCAUCAAGCCCUGGCCGUCUGCUGCGCCAUCGAGCCCACCACGACGACCACGGCCAGCCCGUUCCCUCCCAUUCCUGGCGCCGUCGCCCCGAACGCCAUGUCCGCGACUGCCUGCGAGUGCGUCGACGCCUACCUGUGCGGGCCGGACGGGCACAUCAUCACCAGCGGCUUGGGCCUCCUCGACGUCCGAAGUGGCGCGCGGAGCUCUCAGCCCCUUCCCAGAGGCGAAUGCGACGACCCGCUGCAAGUGUGCUGCCGUCCUCCGAAAGACGCCCAUAUCCAGCCCAUCAACCCGGGGGCGUCCGCAGUCAGCGCCACCACGCCCACCCCUACGACCACAACGACUACUCCCCCGCCCAGGACCACGCCCGAACCGGCGACGGACUGCGGCACGAGGAAUGCCAACGGCGUGAGAGCUCGCAUCCUCGGAUUCCGCGAGGGAGAGAGUCAGUUCGGGGAGUUCCCCUGGGUGGCCACCGUCGUCAGGAGGGAGUCGCUGAUGGGCAAAGUCCACCACCUCUUCGUAGGGGGCGCCACGCUCAUCCACCCUGGGGUCGUCCUCACAGCCGCGCAUAAGGUCCAAGGACUGCAGCCGGACAAACUGGUGGUGCGGCUGGGCGAGUGGGACACGCAGAGCACCCUCGAGGCCUUCCCGCACCAGGACCGCGUCGUCGAGGCGGUGGAGAUCCACCCGCGAUACAACCCAAGGGCCCUCUUCCAUGACGUGGCCCUCCUCUUCCUGAAGGAGAAGGUCAAGUUGGCUCCGCACAUCGGCACCAUCUGCCUGGCGGAGAACUGGGAUGACGUGGAUCCCGAUGCCUGUGUCAUCAACGGUUUCGGCAAAGAUGGCUUUGAGGACCAAGGAGAGUACCAGAAGAUCAUGAAGAGCCUGACGCUGCCUCUGGUGGAGAGCCGCAAGUGCCAGACCGCCCUCAGGACCACGCGCCUUGGGAGGUUCUUCCGCCUCCACGAUUCCUUCAUCUGUGCCGGAGGAGUCAAGGGGAAGGAUGCGUGCAAGGGUGACGGAGGAGGACCCCUCGCAUGCCCCCGAAACGACGACCCAACACGCUACCUCCUCAUGGGCAUCACCGCCUGGGGCAUCGGCUGCGGAGAGGAAGGCCUGCCCGGCGUCUAUGUCAACGUGCCUGCCCAUAAGGACUGGAUAAAACAGACGGUUGAUGCCAGAUUCCCAACUACGACCACUUCGACGACGACGACGACAACGACGACCACGACCACUGAUGAGUUCUCGGAUUACCUGCAAGGAGAAAGCGACUACGAUUACGAAGAGUGGGAAGAGCGAAGGAGGAAGAAGAAGGGCAAGGGCAAGAAGUACGAGAGAACCGCCAGGGAUGACAUUAGAGCUAUCAGAAGAGAAGAAAGGAAGAGGAGAAGACAAGAGAGAAGGCAGAUGAGAAGGGGAGAGAGAGAGUGAAAACAGCAAUAUGACAGACAUCGAUGUGAAUGCAAUUAAUGCAAAGAAAGAAAUUGUAACAAUAAAUGAUGAUUGAAAGAUGCAAUAAAAAUAAAUGAUAAUUGAAAGAUGCAAUAAGAAAGAUUGCAAAACAUAAAGUACAAAAAUGAAGGUUAGGUAGUUACAUUGACUAAUUAAGGUACCUGUCAUGCAACAGGUUAAUUAUUGCUUACAAAUUACUUUACACUGUGCUCAUUAACACUGCUGCUUUUCUUUCCAUGAUUCAGUUGAUACCUUGUGUUACUGCUGAUUGCACAAAUUAUUUUACAUGGUUUUCAACAAAAUUGUGUAUAUGUACACAGUAUCUAAUGGCCCUGGUUGUAUCCCAGAUGUAUUCAUAGGAGUCAAUGUUAGUUCUUAACUUUCAGAGAUAAUGGUGAAAUUGCCAUAACUAUCAUGGUUUUCCUACGCCAGAUUUCUUGGAAUAAAGGUAUACAGUUCUUAGCCACAUAGAUAAGCUUGCGGUAUGUUCUGAGAGAAUUCUGAUCUGUCUUCCUUGUGACUGUCAUGAACUCACAUGUCAACCUUUGUUCCUAUACAGUAAAAAGUCUUCCACUGCUCUUUCUGACAAUGUGUACAGCCUAUACUUGGCAUAUAAGAAGAGAGAGACACAAACAUGAUGAGUUAUUACUAAGAGAGGACUUUCCUCCUUCCAUUUUUACGCUUUUCUUUCACUGCUCUUUCUGACAACUUGUACAGCCUAUACUUGGCAUAUAAAAAGAGAAAGAGACACAGACAUGAUGAGUUAUUACUAAGAGAGGACUUUCCUCCUUCUUCCAUUUUUACGCUUUUCUUUUUUUACCGAAUGGUUUCCCUCCUGAGACCUUGUUAAAUAAACACUCAUCAUUUUU